GAACACAUCAACGAAUGAUAUUUCCGAACGCAGCCUAGACACAGGUCCCUGGUGUCCGGGUGGGCUUCACCAUUUUUGCGUCACUUUUAGUUUUUGAUCUCUCAUAAGGACGUGAUCUGGCUGUAUCGACUUCGGUUUAUUAUUUCGGGAGGCGGAAACCAUUAAUUUUAAGAAAAAGAAGAAAUUAGACACGCGAACAUGGCUCCGCCAGCAAAGAAAACUAAAGGCCCCAUUAAGAAGCAGGUGCUUCGGGGUAAGGGACAGAAGAAAAAAGUAUCUGUGAGAUUCACUAUCGAUUGCACGCAUCCCGUGGAGGAUAAUAUUAUGGAUGUUACCAAUUUUGAAAAAUAUUUACAAGAAAAAAUUAAGGUUGGUGGUAAAACCAAUAACUUUGGCAACAAUGUUGCCUUGGAACGUAACAAAAUGAAACUCACUGUCAACAGUGAUGUCGACUUCUCGAAACGAUAUCUCAAGUAUUUGACAAAGAAAUACUUGAAGAAGAACAAAUUGCGUGAUUGGUUGCGAGUAGUAUCGAAAGACAAGGAAACGUACGAGUUACGAUACUUUCAAAUUAACAGUCAAGAAGAUGAUGAUGAGGAAGAUGUGGAAUAAUUCUCUUUAUUCUUUUAAUUACAGAUGCUGUAUAUAUUUCUUUUAAUAAAGAAUACUAAAAUUCGA